AUGCACACACUGGAUUUAGCAAAUUUUCCCGUGACAGAUACUCUGAAGAUGCUUGCUUCACUUCUGGAAAAAAUUACAAAUGCUAACGACCAAUUAAAGUCUCACGGUAUAAAUCACGUCGAGACUCCUCCUCCGGCCGUUUCAGUAGCUUCUGCACCAUCUUUCACGCGUUUUCACGCUCGUUCGGUCCCUUCAAUAGAUAUACAUUCUUAUCUUUCAAGGAUACUGAAAUAUUGUCCUACAACAAAUGAAUGUUUCCUAUCUUUACUGGUUUAUUUUGAUCGUAUGUCAAAGAAUGCCAUAGCAACAACUGGAAAACCUUUCUCUAUAGAUUCUUUUAACAUUCAUCGUCUGAUAAUCGCUGGCAUUAUGGUUUCUUCCAAGUUUUUUUCGGACGUAUUCUUCACAAAUUCAAGAUAUGCAAAGGUGGGAGGAUUGCCAGUAUCGGAGUUAAAUCAACUGGAGUUAGAAUUUCUUAUAUUGAACGACUUUCGCUUAGCAAUUACAGUAGAAGAAUUGCAGAGAUACGGUGAUCAAUUACUCAAGCAUUGGGUAUCGGAAGAAAUGAGACAAGGUGGGAACUUAUACGAUAAUCGAUUUCCCAGGUGGGAUUCAGGUCAUAACCUUGAAAAGAAUUUAAGUAAAAGGUCACGUAAAUUCCCCUCUACUGAUGAUACAACAAGCAAGGGUGGUGGACCAAAAGCAAUGAAAGAAGAAGAUCAAGUAGAAAAUAAUCAUCAUAUUAUUCGUUCGCAUCGUCGAGAUAGUAGUUUUUCUUCGACAAAAUCAUUGAACAUUACCUCAACAUAUCAAUCAUCAUUAACGUCAUCUCCACAACAAUAUUCAACACAUUUAUCAAAAACUCCACCUCCUCCAUUACCUGGUUCAUCACCUUCAAUAGUUACAGCGCCAAAUGGAAAUCACUCAAAUUCUAUUAACAAUUCCCCUAUGCACACUCCGUUUUCUUCAACGAAUGUGUCAAUGAGUUUAGGUUCCACGAUAAAACGUGCAAACAGUAGCGGUUCAUUACUUAAUCGCGCAAGAAGUGGUGACUUGUCAGAUGAUUUGCAACAAUACCAUCAUCCAAGACAUUCAUCACCAAAACCAAUAAAUCCGGAGGAUCAUGCUUAUCGAGCUGCAGCACCUCCACCAUAUCCAUCUGGUCCAUCAAUCACCGCGACUUCUGCAUUAGCCAUAACAAAUUCAAAGUCGAUAAAUGGUAAUAGGAAUGGUUCACAACCGUCGCCUAAUAAUAGUAAUAAUACCUUACCAACUCCAUCUCCAACUCAUAAUAUAACAAACCUUAUGCGGCGUAUGUCUCAUGAUUCUCCUUCAAAUCCUUUUCAAUAUCCUCCUCCUCCUUCAUAUCAUUAUUCGGCUUACCAAGCUCCGUCUACACAGUCUUUACCCGCAACUCCUGUGACCACCCUGCCUCCUUCACUUCCGUCAAUGCCUUUUAAUGCUGCCACCAUCAGUAAUGUUGCUCAUACGGCUGCCGCUGCCGCUUUAGGUUAUGCACGUAGAGCUUCCCUUGCCCUUCCGCCACUUCCUCGUCAUUUAAACGUGUUUGGCGGUGGCAUACCUUCUCCCGUGUCAACAAUUCCUCCUGAAAAUUUGGGUCCUGGCUUAUCUCGACGUGGUUCUGUUCCUGCUUGGAGUGAAAGUAGUUUAUCAGGCAGUAAUAAUGGAAGUUCAAACCCUAGUUCCAAUUUAGCAAUGACCAAUGGAUCAUCGUCAUUAUCAAUCUCCACGGUGCCAACAUCGUCAUCGUCAGGAAAACAGAGUUCGAUGGUGAACGGUCAUGUACACAGUCAUAUCCAUACAAAUGGAGUAUCAACGACCCCUCAUGGUACUCCAUCUACUGAGCUUUCUAGGAGGAGUAGUUCAAAUUCGGGUACGGCUUCAGAUUCUUCCGGUCUGUCAGGAUCGAUCUCGGUCUCUCGUAUGACAACCAAUGGAAGCGGAAAUGCUGCAAACUCCAAUAUCAAAAAUGUCAAUGGAACGAAUAAGACACGUGAAAAUUAG